UGCGUUGGUGUUCCGGUUAUCCGCAGGCCAGCCUCUGGCGCGGACGUGUUCAACAGCUCGGCGAGCGAGUGUGUGCCUUCCGACUGAUUUGUUGCCGCAAAUGACCAGACUAUUGUGUAGUUUUUUUGGGACUUAUUUCUAUUCGUUGACUGAGUGACUAAAAAUAAUGAAAACCUAUAAUAAGUGCUAAGCCACACUGUGAGAGGGAGCUGGUUUUCUUCUUUCGUUUCAAAGGGAACUUCAUUUUAAAACCGGAAGUCUGAUCACGAGUUCGCCAACGAGCUCCACUUCAAGCUAAAGUCGAUGGUGCACUUCGAGCGGGAUAUUGGCGACAGUUCCAACGUGUCCGCCAAACAACAAAAGCGUGAUCGUUACGAAGAAGCUGGAGACGAGCAGCACAUUGGGACAACUGUCAUGGUCAAGGGCGGUCGUAAGCAAGGGCGUGGUCGCAACUAUGGUGGUGGAGACGGAAAGUGCAACUCGGUGGGACAAUUCGAGCAGGACAUUGGUCCCACUUCCAUGAUUAAGAACGGCUAUAAGCAAGGAAACGAUCAUAAAGUAGGCGCUGGAGACGGCAAGCAAAACCCCAUGGAGCAAAUCAAGCAGCCAAUUAAGAAGACAGCCAUGGUCAAGGCCGGCCACAAGCAACGUCGGGCUCGUAACGAUGGAGGUGGUGAUGGACACUUCAACUCCGUGGAGCAAUUAGAGCAGCACAUUGGUCCCACUGUCAUGAUCAAGGACGGUCAAAAACAAGAGCAAGAUCGUAACGAUGGUGGGGGAGACGGCAAGCGUUACAAGCAGGCAAAACAGCUACGCCGUGCUAAGAUGCCAGGCAGUAUCGAUUAACAUGUUUGUUUGCCAUGUAAUGUUUGUCCGUUUUUUGUUUCAUAUUUUAUAAAGCAAACACAAAUUAAUGGGA